AUGGAUGGAGAAAGCACUAUACGUCUAUCCCGGGUCAUUUGUGAUUUUAUUGUUCUUGUAGUAUGUGCUAUUCCCCUACUCAUCUUUCAUGAGUUUGUCACUCCGUACAAACGAGGAUUUUAUUGUGACGAUGAGAGCAUCCGUUAUCCAUACCGAGAUUCCACUGUUUCUCGACAAUUGCUUGUUGUUGUGGGACUGCUGAUCCCGACGUUCUUGAUAAUAGGUACGGAGCUCUUCCGUAUGUUCGUAUGGGAGAAGAAAUGUGAAUCACAGUUUAAGACCUACCAGCUAAGACAUUAUUCCAUCAAUCGUCUCAUCGUGAGACUCUAUUGCUUCAUAGGCUACUUCUUCCUUGGUGUUUGUUUCAAUCAGGUUAUGGUUGACAUUGGAAAAUAUACCAUUGGACGUCAUCGCCCACACUUCAUGGAUGUUUGCAAACCUGACAAAGGAUACAAAACCUGCACUACUCCGGAUGUAUACAUAACUGAUUAUACUUGUACUAGUGACAACAGCAAAUUGGUUCACGAAGCCCAACUUUCAUUUUAUUCCGGACACUCGGCAUUCAGCUUUUAUGCUGCCUGGUUCACAUCUCUCUAUCUUCAAGCAAGACUGUAUCGUCCUUUGUAUUCUCGACUGUUACUUCCUGUCAUUCAGUUUGCAUUGUUCGGAGGAGCUUCUUAUGUAGCCCUUACUAGAAUAUCCGAUUACAAACACCAUUGGUCAGAUGUGCUUGUUGGAGCUUUCAUGGGCAGCGUAAUUGGAGUCUUUAAUGCUGUAUUCGUUGCUGAAGUAUUCAAACGAAGGGAAAUUCCUGCUUGUGGACCAGUAGCCACCAAUGAAUUCGGACUCAUCCGAAUGGAGAAACGACCCGUUGCUCCGGAAGUGGUCACUCAUUCCGUUGUUGUGACGAACGAGGUUGAUGGAGAGAAACACCCCGACAAUCAGCGACUUAGCACGUAUUCUACCGGAUCAUUUUAUUCUGCUUGUGCCGAUUGGGAAGUCACAUCUUGUGGGGGUCAGAGCGCUAUCACUGCUUAUUACAGUGUUCGAUCCGAGCCCAGUAGCGGUCCUGUUAGACCUGGUUAUCGCGCCAACUAA